GCUUGACGCCUACGCCCAGAGGGAGGGGCUGAAGCCGGAGCCUCAGCCGGGCUGAGUCGGUAGAGGUCUGUCCGACGCCAGGCCUUGAAAUCUCACAUCCCCCACGGGGCGGAGCAAACCUGGAAGUGGCCGCGCUGUUUUGCAUAGCAAUGACCGGCUUUGCAUAACCAGCGUAGGCAAGCAUUUAAAGGCGCUGCCGCGGCCACAGACCUGGUAAUCCGGCGCAGACCCACUGCUCGAAAUGAUUCCGGAGAUGCAGGCUCCGCUCCUGAUGGCCUUGGGCCUGCUCCUCGCCGGCCCUGCGGCCCGUGCACGCGUCCAUCUGAAUCAGCUGGAUAGCUUUUACUGGGAGAACUGCGAUGACGAGAAGGACCCUGUGGUGCUCAAAAGCCUGACUCUGGAACCUGAUCCCAUUGCCUUUCCUGGGAACAUGACUAUCAGCGCCGAGGUCCAGAUCGGUGUCCCCCUCAGUAGUCCUCAGAAGCUGGAAUUAACUAUAGAGAAGGAAGUGGCCAGCUUCUGGGUCAAAGUCCCAUGUGUGGAACAAAUUGGUAGCUGCACCUAUGAAGACUUCUGCCAAAUACUUGGUGCUUUCAUUCCCCCUGGACAGCCCUGCCCAGAGCCCCUGCACACCUAUGGGCUUCCCUGCCACUGUCCCAUCAAAGUAGGCAUCUAUGCACUGCCCAAGACUGAGUUCACCCUGCCCGGCACGGAGCUGCCCAGCUGGCUCAGCUCUGGGUCCUACCGCAUCAAGAGCAUCCUCAGCAGUGGUGGGAAACGCCUGGGCUGUAUCAAGAUCUCUGCCUCUCUGAAGGGCAAAUAAUAUGGCACCAGCCACAGCAGAAUGAAGGGGUAUGAGGAAGAUGUCCCUCUUCUUCUGUCUUGCAUUUGCCAAGGUCAAAUUCUGACUCUCUGUCCCCCUUCAAGCUCCUUUCUACAAUGAUGCCACUUCCCUCACUGAAAAUCCUUUUGUGCCACCUAUGUUUUAGGCAUGGGCAGGCAGCCCUAACCUAGGGAGGAGCUCGGCAGUUCUUGAUAGCCCACGACAACUGCCAGGCCGGCUGCUUCAUUUUCCUCGUCAAACCUGUGAUUUUCUCUCUAAGAGCUUAACUCAUUUUCUAAAUAAUCAAGGAAUGGGACGAAUAUAUUUUGUGACCCCAAGUUCAGACUGACCCAAUCUUUUUUUUUUUUUUUAAAGAUUUAUUUAUUUAUUUAUUUGAGACAGAGAGAAUGAGAUACAGAGAGCAUGAGAGGGAGGAGGGCAGACUGACCCAAUCUUGGUUUCCUGAAGUACCUUCAUGAUUUUCUUAAAAAAAAUUUUUUUUUUGGUCACUGACUUAAAAGCAGAAUGAGAGUAUUAAUAGUUUUUGUUUUACUCCAGGUCCCUCUUAUGAUGAAGGGACUGAAGUAGUUCAUCUUAGUCUAUUCCUCCAUUAACUUCUAUGAUUAAUUCAGUAUUCUUUUCUAGAUUUGCCCCAUGAACAGUGGGGCCUAGCGUAUCCUGGGGAGGUAGGGCAUGUGGUGGAGGGCUUCACUAGGAGACGUAUUUAAGAAUGCUCUAUGUAUUUAAGGUGGUUUACAAACUCAGGCGCCUUCUGGGCCAAGCACAAGACCCAAACGAGUGAGGAUGACCACAAGGAACCUAUUGCUUCCAGGCGUGUCUUUUUUCCCCCCUUUGUAUAGCAGCUCAUAUCCACUGUUACAAGGCAGCUGAUGUCCAGGCUUGAGCUUGGUAAUAUUAGCAGGGAAUAUGGGGCCUGAACUGAGUUAGAGAGGGUGCGUUCAGCCCUUGGGGGCACCUUCUGUAGUGCUCUGGCAGUUGGUGCCACGUGAGAAUGUUGUGGGCCCAAUAUUACCAAACAGUCUCCAUUGUUUUUCCUUGGAAAUCCAGACUUUUAUAUGAAAUCUUAUAGUUUUUAAAUACUGGCAACUAAUUACUUUUUAAAACACUGUGCAGGCCAAAAGGGCCAAACAGACUUGUCAGUGGGGAAAUCUGGCCCAGUGUGGCCAGUUUGCGACCUCUGAUGUAAGAACAUGCAUUCCUUGUCCUUUUGGUCUUGAGACAACUCCUCCAGUGCCGUUUCCCCCUCCCUAGGGCCAAAUCCAUAGUAUCUGACCCACGGAGCAGGCUCUUCCAGGGCUCGAGGAGGGGGAGGCAGCCUCUCAGAGAUGUGAGCUGCAGGGAUCACGAAGCUGCCUGCCCCAGCCUAAGAGUGUUGUUGGGGUGAAUGGGGCAAACACUGAAGAGUUGGAAUCCACCAGCAGCUCCUCUGUGGAGCAAGGAUCCCACGAAGAGGGGUGGACUCACAUCAGGUGCCUGGGUUUGUCCAUCGUCCCAUCCUCCGUGACAGCCUACUGACCCAUGGAUUGCCCCCAGUUUCUGGGCUCAUUUGAAGCCUGGAAUGGCAAUAAAGCUUUUUGACUUGCUGAGAA